ACCAAUUUACAUCAUGAUCCUCUAAGUCUUUUAUAUUCUGAUGCUAGUGUUAACGGAGUAGAAGUACCAUUAAUACUUGAUAGUAGUGCUGCAGGAAGCAUUGUUUCGUGUCAACUAUUAAAUGAUUUAAAUAUCCCUAUAGAACGCCUAUCUACUACAUGA